CUUCCUCCACAACAUCUCUUCCCUCAUCCCACAAUAUAAAGGCAAGCUAAACCCUAGCUUAUAAUUAACCCUAAGCUCAAAUAUUUUAUUCAUCUCUCUCUCUCUCUCUCUUUCUCUCUCUCUCUCUCAUGGAGUGCCCUAAUUUUCUCUCCUUCAUCGCAAUCAUUGCUUUCCUUCUCUUCAACAAUGAGAUUGUGUCAUCUAAAGAAAUCGAAGAGUAUAACUAUCAGAUUGGCAGCAAAUACGGACCUGAUCAUUGGGGAGAUAUUCGUAAAGAUUGGGCGACAUGCAAGAAAGGAAACCUGCAAUCUCCAAUCGAUCUGAAUGACAAAAGAGUAGAAUAUGUUCAUUUGUUAGGUGAUCUCAAAAGAAGCUAUCGUCCUGCAAAUGCUCUCAUCAAGAAUCGAGGUCAUGAUAUAAUGGUGAAGUGGGAAGAUGAUGCAGGAGGGCUUUGGAUCAAUGGAACUCAGUUUUCUCUCCUGCAAGUGCACUGGCACACACCCUCUGAGCACAAAUUUAAUAAUCACAAGUGAGUUACUGUGCAUUAGUUUAUUAACUUU